GAAAAAUGGCCAUCUGAACAUCGUGUACAAAUAGUAUAAGUAUUUGCUUGAACUGGAAUCCAAUUGAAAUCACUAGGAACAAACAUCAUCCAUAUCCACCGCAUCGCCAGCUUCAUUCUGAUAAAGCUAACGGGAUUUUAUGCACGAGCACAGUGCUGUGGAUUAGUGAUAGUGAUUAGUGCAGAGGAGAACGUAACGGAACCAUGUCAAGCGAGGAGAUGCUAUAUGCAAAGGGGGCCAAGAUCUGGGUGACCCAUGCGGAACAGGUGUGGGAGAGUGCCACCUUGGAGGAGAGCUACCGCAAGGGAGCAAGCUUCCUGAAGAUCUGCACGGAAUCGGGCAGCCUCAAGGAGUUCAAGCUAAAGCCCGAUGGAAGCAACCUGCCCCCGCUGCGAAAUCCGGCCAUUCUGGUUGGGCAAAAUGAUCUCACAACCCUCUCGUACCUGCAUGAGCCCGGGGUGUUGUACAAUCUGCGCGUUCGCUUCUGCGAGCGCCAGAUUAUCUACACCUACUGUGGCAUCAUACUGGUGGCUAUCAAUCCGUACGCGGAGAUGCCCCUGUAUGGGCCCAGUAUAAUCCGAGCCUAUCGCGGUCAAUCCAUGGGGGAUUUGGAGCCGCACAUCUUUGCCCUGGCCGAGGAAGCCUACACGAAGCUAGAGCGGGAGAACUGCAACCUGAGUAUCAUUGUCAGCGGCGAGUCGGGGGCAGGCAAGACGGUCUCCGCCAAGUACGCCAUGCGCUACUUCGCCGCCGUCGGCGGCUCCGAGUCCGAAACGCAGGUGGAGCGCAAGGUGCUGGCAUCUUCGCCGAUCAUGGAGGCUUUUGGCAAUGCGAAGACUACGCGAAACGACAACAGUUCGCGCUUUGGCAAGUUCACCAAGCUGCUCUUCAAGAACCAGAUGGGUGUUAUGUAUCUGCAGGGAGCCACCGUGCACACCUAUCUCCUAGAGAAGUCGCGGGUGGUCUAUCAGGCACAGGGGGAGCGCAACUAUCACAUCUUCUAUCAGCUGUGUGCGGCUCGGGCUAAGUACCCUGAAUUGUUGCUGGACCACCAGGACAAGUUUCAGUUCCUGAACAUGGGUGGCGCCCCGGACAUCGAACGGGUCUCGGAUGCCGAUCAGUUUAACGAGACUGCACAGGCAAUGACGGUACUAGGGUUCUCAUUUCAGCAGAUAGCGGAGAUUGUGAAAAUACUGGCUGGCAUUCUGCAUCUGGGCAACAUUGAGGUGACCAAGAAGUACACCGAGGGCGGCGAUGAUGAAGACACCGAUUCCUGUCAAAUAUCCCACAACGAUAUUCACCUGCAAAUCACUGGGGACCUGCUGCGGGUGAAAACAGAAGAUCUGCGUCGCUGGCUUGUAAUGCGUAAGAUAGAGUCGGUCAAUGAACAUGUGCUGAUACCGAACAGCGUUGAGGCCGGGCAGGCGGCGCGCGAUGCGCUGGCCAAGCACAUAUACGCCAAACUGUUUCAGUAUAUCGGCGGUGUGCUGAACAAGAGCCUCAACAACGGUAGCAAGCAGUGCAGCUUCAUUGGCGUGCUCGAUAUCUACGGCUUUGAAACGUUUGAGGUGAACUCGUUUGAACAGUUUUGCAUAAACUAUGCAAACGAGAAGCUCCAGCAGCAGUUCAACCAGCACGUCUUUAAGCUAGAACAGGAGGAGUACCUCAAGGAGGGUAUUACCUGGACCAUGAUCGACUUCUAUGACAAUCAGCCGUGCAUCGAUUUAAUUGAAUCCCGUCUGGGUGUACUCGAUCUUCUCGACGAGGAAUGUAGGAUGCCCAAGGGCUCCGACGAGAGUUGGGCCGGCAAACUCAUUGGAAAGUGCAGCAAAUUUCCGCACUUUGAGAAGCCCCGCUUUGGCACCACAAGCUUCUUCAUCAAACACUUCUCGGAUAUCGUGGAGUAUGAUGUGAAUGGAUUCCUGGAAAAGAACCGCGACACUGUCUCCAAGGAACUCACCUCCGUCUUGGCCCUGUCCGACAUGUCGCUGGUGAAGCAGGUCAUGGCCCUGGAGGACAUUGACACUCUUGGUGUGGAUGCCAACACAACAUCCACAUUGGGCGGUCGCGUCGUUAUAAGCGCCGGCCGAAAACAGGAGCUCAAUGAGACCCGUCGAAGAGUGGUGCCAUCCAAGCAGCAUAAGAAAACCGUUGGCGCCCAGUUCCAGGAGAGUCUGACAUCGCUUAUAACUACGUUGCAUGCCACCACGCCCCAUUACGUGCGUUGCAUCAAGCCCAACGACGAGAAGAUUGCCUUCAAGUGGGAGACCGCCAAGAUUAUACAACAGCUUAGGGCCUGCGGCGUGCUGGAAACGGUGCGCAUCUCGGCCGCCGGCUUCCCCUCGCGCUGGCUCUAUCCGGACUUCUAUAUGCGCUACCAGCUGCUGGCGCAUCGCUCGAAGAUUGACAAGAACGACUUGAAGCAGUCGUGCCGCAACAUUGUGUACAAGUGGAUCGAGGACGAGGACAAGAGUCGGUUUGGCAACACACAGAUAUUCUUUCGUGCCGGCCAGGUAGCUUUCCUCGAACAGGUGCGGGCCAAUCUGCGCAAGAAGUACAUCACGAUUGUACAGUCCGUGGUGCGCCGUUUCAUCCAUCGACGACGAUACCUGAAGUUGCAGAUGGUGAUCAGCGGUAUACAGCGGUAUUCGCGUGGCUUCAUGGCCCGCGAGCGCGUCCAGAAUAUGCGUGAAGUUCGCGCUGCCCUUAUACUAUCAAAAUACGCCAAGGGAUGGCUGUGUCGGCGUCGCUAUCUACGUCUGCGGCACUCUAUUGCAGGGAUACAGACUUACGCUCGCGGCAUGCUGGCCCGCAGCAAGUUUUAUGCCCUGCGAGAUCACUAUCGGGCCGUGCAGAUCCAACGCUUCGUACGUGGCGUGCUGGCGCGACGCGCCUAUCAUCACAAGCGGCGCAAUAUCAUCAUUUGCCAGGCGGCGGUGCGGCGCUUCUUGGCGCGGCGCAAGUUCAAGCGCAUGAAGGCCGAGGCCAAGACCAUAUCGCACAUGGAGAACAAGUACAUGGGCCUCGAGAACAAGAUUAUUUCCAUGCAGCAGCGCAUCGAUGAGCUAAACCGAGACAACAGCAAUCUGAAACACAAAACCAGCGAGAUCAGCGUCCUAAAAAUGAAGCUGGAGAUGAAGAAGAACCUGGAGGGCGAGUUCAAGAACGUGAAGGCUGCCUGCAUGGACAAGGAUAUGCUGAUAGCGGCCCUCAACAAGCAGCUGGAGGCGGAGCGGGACGAGAAAAUGCAACUGCUGGAGGAGAACGGACACUCGCAGGAGGAAUGGCUGAGCCAGAAACAGUCGUACUGCCUAGAAAACGAGGAGCUGCGCAAGCAAGUGGACCAAAUGAUCGAGAUGGCCAAGAACGUAGAGGCUACACAGCACGACCAGAACGUGCGUAUGCUGGCCGAGAUCGACAACAACGAACUGAACGAAGCCUAUCAGCGUGCCAUCAAAGACAAGGAGGUGAUAGAGAACGAGAACUACCAGCUGAAGGAGGAGCUGAGUCGACUUCAGCAAAACGGCGUCUACAGCCUGCGCGGGAGGAGCGGGAGCAACGCCUCCAGUCAGAACGAGGAAGACGUUGGCUAUGGCUCGGCCAAGAACACGCUUGACAUUAAUCGGACGUCAGAUUUGCAGAGCAAGAGCAAUACCUCUGCGGACUGCACCAGCCUGGUGAUGAAGCUGCGCUCCAUCUUGGAGGCAGAGAAGUUGAAGCACAAGGUCCUGCAGGAGCAAUACAUAAAGCUGGCAAGUCGCAACAAGCCUACGGAGGACUCGUUCCGCGUCUCCGAGCUUGAGGUAGAGAACGAGAAAUUGCGCAGCGACCACGAGCAGCUGCGAACGAGCAUUAAACACGGUGUUGAGAUCAACGAGCUCAAUGCCCAGUAUGCCGCCCUACAGGAAGAGGUUCGUAGACGACGCGACGAGUGCAUCCAGCUGAAGGCUGUCCUGCUGCAGCAGAACCAGACACUGCGAUCCUUUGAGCCGGAGAGCAUGCAUCUGCGGGGCAACGAUGUUAAUGAGCUUCUAGAAGCUUUCCAGUCCCAGAAACUUGUCAAUCGACAACUCGAGGACGAGUUGAAGGCCAUUACGGAAGAGCACAACAGUAAGCUUGUGGAGAUGACGCAGGAGAUCGAUCGUCUGCACAACGAACAGGAUGAGCUGCAGAAGGUAAUCUUCGAGAGCAUCGAUGCGUCCGAGGACGCCAAUGUUGAAACACUCAAGCAAAACGACCGAUUCCUACGCCGAGAACUGCAGAAGGCUGUCGCCCAAUUCCUGCUGGUCCAAGAGGAGCUGAAGCUGGCGAACGCCAAGCUCCAGGCCUACCGCCAGAACGGUGGACAGCUAGAGCACAAGUUGGAGGAGGAAAUGAUCCGCAGCAAAGGUAGCGGCUCGGGCUCGGCUGACCAGAAGCGCCUCAGCAAUGACUUGGGGGCUAAUGUAACCAAACAAAAGUCUCAAAAUCCGCAAGGCCUCAUGAAGUUCCAUAGCAUCGACCUGGACAAGAUACUGCAGCGUCUCCUUAGCACCAUGACGCCGCGAACAGUAGUCGGACUUUUGCCUGGAUUUCCAGCGUAUCUCAUAUUUAUGUGCAUUCGAUAUACUGAUCUAACCAAUGCCGACGACGAUGUGCGCGAGUUGCUAAGCAAAUUCGUGAUUCAAAUCAAGAAAAUGCAUCGCACACCGCAUCCCAUUGAGAACCGUGUCAUUUGGCUGGUUAACUCUAUUACGCUGCUUAAUCUCCUCAAGCAAUACGGAGACGUAGAAGAGUACGUGAAGCUAAAUACGGAGAAGCAGAACCAGCAGCAGCUGAAGAACUUCAAUCUCUUUGAAUACCGUCGCGUGAUUCUGGAUCUGAUCGUGAAUCUGUACCAGGCCCUAAUAAUGCAGAUUCAGGGACUGUUGGAUUCCAAAAUAGUUCCCGCCAUUCUGAAGAACGAUGAGAUUCAGCGGGGCCGGCAGCCACACGGCAUGCGCGGUCGCACGACUUCGAUCGGAGCGGGACCCUCGCCGGAACACGGCGGCGGGCCAGCUUGGAAGCAGUUGAUCGGCCAGCUGGAGCACUUCUACAAGCAAUUCCAGCACUUUGGCCUGGACAAUUGCUAUGCAGAGCAGAUAUUCCACCAGCUGCUUUACUUCGUGUGUGCCGUGGCCCUCAAUUGUCUUAUGUUGCGCGGCGACAUCUGCAUGUGGGAGACGGGCAUGGUAAUACGCUACAAUAUUGGCUGCAUUGAGGACUGGGUGCGCAGCAAGAAAAUGUCCAACGACGUUCUGACAGCCCUGUCGCCGCUGAACCAGGUAUCCCAGCUGCUGCAGUCGCGCAAGAGCGAACAGGAUGUUCAGACUAUCUGUGAUCUGUGCACGUCGCUGAGUACAGCGCAGGUCCUGAAAGUCAUGAAGUCCUACAAGCUGGAUGACUAUGAAAAUAAGAUUACCAACGUGUUCUUGGAAAAACUCACCAAGGAGCUGAAUGCCCGACAAACGCAAAAGGGCAACAGCGAUGAGUUCACCAUGGACCAGAAAUUCAUUCAGCCUUUCAAGGUGAUCUUCAGGUACAGCGAUAUCAAGCUGGAGGAUAUCGAGCUGCCGUCGCAUCUCAAUCUGGAUGAGUUUCUCGAGAAAAUAUAAAUGUGUGGGUCCCGCCUUUUCACAGAUCUGACUGCAAUGCCAUUUAGACCGACAGAGAAGCGCUUUCUUUUAGUGUAUUAUAUAAUAUACAUAUUUAUAUUAUAGAAAAUAAUAAUGUUCUUAGCAAAUCAAUUAGAAUAUGAAAUGUUGAGAAAUGUUUGCCGAAACGAAA